AUUCUCUUCAGCUGCAGAGAAGAACGGUGCCACAAUGUCUUGGGACUAAAACCUGGAUUUCACACCUCUAGUUUGCUCUUCCUUUGUUCAAAAUCACUCCUCAAUGGAUCUUUUAAGGACGCAUACAUUUCUGAUUCUGUUGCGUUUAGGACAUUGAGGUACACUUUUGACAUCACACCCGUCCACUUUUCUCUUCUGCACGGAUCCAAAAGUUGGAAAAGGCCUCACCAUCACUUUGGGACUUUUAGCACCACAGGUGUCAAUCCCAAGUGGUAAACGGUGAAGGAGGAUGACAAGUGGCAUCUAGUGGAUACUUUUUUCUCGUUUUCUUUAUAAGAACUUCUGAGCGACUAGGAUUUUGUUUUGGGAUAAAAGAAAAAAACCCACAGAAAAUAUGCCUUUUGAUUUUGCAGGUUUGAAAAAUCAGGUGCUAAAACCUGGGAAGGAGGAGGUCAAGAAUACUGUGGGGGAUUCUUUAGGAAAGCUGCAGAGGAAAAUGGACGGUAGUAAUGUUGAGGAUGAGGAAAACAUUGAACUGACAGAAGAUGGACGGCCGGUGGCGUCAGCGCCACUUCCUGCCCCCCUGCUGGACUGCAGCUGCGGUGGUCUGCCCAAGCGCUACAUCAUUGCCAUCCUCAGCGGCCUGGGCUUCUGCAUCUCCUUUGGCAUCCGAUGCAACCUGGGCGUGGCCAUUGUAGAGAUGGUGAACAACAACACAGUCUAUAUUAACGGGACGCGAGUGAUUCAGAAAGCUCAGUUUAACUGGGAUCCAGAGACCGUGGGGCUGAUCCACGGGUCCUUCUUUUGGGGCUACAUCGUCACUCAGAUCCCAGGCGGAUUCAUCUCCAACAAGCUGUCUGCAAACAGGGUUUUUGGGGCUGCCAUUUUUCUAACAUCAGUGCUGAACAUGUUCAUCCCAUCAGCUGCCAGGGUGCACUACGGCUGUGUUAUGUUUGUACGCAUCUUGCAGGGGUUAGUGGAGGGGGUCACCUACCCAGCCUGUCACGGGAUGUGGUCCAAGUGGGCUCCGCCUCUCGAACGUAGUCGCCUGGCGACCACAUCAUUCUGCGGUUCCUACGCCGGAGCGGUAAUCGCCAUGCCUUUAGCUGGAAUUCUGGUGCAGUAUGUCGGCUGGUCUUCAGUCUUCUAUCUUUACGGCGUGUUUGGGAUCCUGUGGUAUAUCCUAUGGCUCCUCCUGGCUUAUGGGAGUCCUGCUCAACAUCCCACAAUCACACAGGAGGAGAAGAUGUACAUCGAGGCUGCCAUCGGCGAAACAGCCAACCAACUGAGUGCUACAGAGAAAUUCAAGACCCCAUGGCGUCGUUUCUUUACCUCCAUGCCGGUCUAUGCUAUCAUUGUGGCAAACUUCUGCCGCAGCUGGACCUUCUACCUGCUCCUUAUCAGCCAGCCGGCAUACUUCGAGGAAGUGUUUGGCUUCCCCAUCAGCAAGGUGGGGAUCUUGUCCGCCGUUCCCCAUAUGGUGAUGACAAUCAUCGUCCCUAUCGGAGGGCAAUUGGCGGAUUUCUUACGAAGUAAAAAAAUUAUGUCAACAACAAAUGUGAGGAAACUCAUGAACUGUGGAGGAUUUGGUAUGGAGGCCACUCUUCUGCUGGUUGUAGGAUUUUCUCACACGCGAGGAGUCGCCAUUUCCUUCCUUGUGCUGGCUGUAGGCUUCAGUGGAUUUGCCAUUUCAGGUUUUAAUGUCAACCAUUUGGAUAUUGCUCCUCGUUAUGCCAGCAUCUUGAUGGGCAUUUCCAAUGGAGUUGGAACGCUGUCUGGAAUGGUGUGCCCCCUUAUUGUUGGAGCUUUGACUAAAAACAAGACUCGUUUGGAGUGGCAGCAUGUCUUCAUUAUUGCCUCCAUGGUGCAUUACACAGGAGUCAUCUUCUAUGCCAUCUUUGCGUCAGGGGAGCAGCAGGACUGGGCCAACCCCGAGAGCCUGAGUGAGGAUAAAUGCGGCAUUAUCGAUGAGGAUGAGCUGGCGGAGGAGUCAGAACUUUCCAACGACGGUGGCCUGGCUUCCAAAAAGAGCUACGGAACCACAGACAAUUCAUACGGUCAAAAACAGGGAUGGAAAAAGAAGAGAGGGGUCACCAUGGAGGGGGAGGAGGAACACUGUGGUAACGGGGACUACAAUGAUGGGUACCAGUGAGACAUCAUGCGGAUUACAAUUAGAGGACUUCCAGAACACGCGGAUGAAACUGAAGGUCUGAUUUCACACCGGAGGAGGAGGAGUACAAGGGAAACAACAGGAGCUGCAGCAUCAAAAGCACCCCAAGAUAGUCUUUUUCAGCUUUCAGUGAAGAAUGUACAAUACUGUACAAUUGUUUCAGACCUUCUGUAAUUUCUGAAUACUUUGUUUCCAGAAAGCCAGGCAAUAUGCUAGUUGACAACAACCACAGAACAAGAGAUUAUCACUUGCUACUCUACUAACAAUCACAGUCUGGCUCCUUGGAAGCAAAACAUAAAGAAAUGAGGGUUGACUUAUGUUUUGCACAGUACUUUGGUUACCUGAUUUGUACCAAAAUGUGAAAAAAAGCAAAUAUUUGACAUUAUUUUAAAUUAGAGAGCCACUGGAAAGACAGAAUGUGUCUACCACAAAAACUGCAACUAAGUUACAUAUUUUACAUCUGUUUUGUACAAUCCAGCACCACACUGAAAAACAACACAUAUAUGAGCAACACAUAUCAACUUCCAAACCAAUCUUUUCUUUUCCUGCAGGUGACGCUGAUUGGAGUUUAUGUUAAUCCAUGUGGACAGUCCAUGAGAUGUUUUGUGUCAGCUAUGCAACCUGAAAAAACCUGGAGGAAUGUAAAGAUUAGACCUCAGUAGACCACACUCUUUAUGGUGUCAGUCUUAUUAGGGUUUCCAGUGUAUAUCUGCUGUUGCUGAAUGGUUGCACUGAGUUACUGCUUUGCUUCUUUGAGCAGGUUUUAGUUCACCAUACGCUUGGAAAUAAUCUUUAAAUCAAUUAUUAUUUACAGAGCUUUGGGCUCCAUCUUUUAAUUCGACAAAAUGAAUGUUGAAUGUUUUUUUUUUCUUUCCCUUUUUGUCUACAUGGAGAUCCAGUUAGAAACAUAAAGUAUUUUGCUAUAAUCACGAAAGAAUGUGUAAAAUGCUCAACAAAGAAAAUGUGCUGUAAGUUUUAACUUUAUAGGCUUGAUUUGCACACAAACACAUCUGGUGUAAAAACAAAUAACUGCAUUAUUGAAGAUUAUUGAUAUGGUUUAUGGAUUACACCAUGAAAGGCUUUUAAGGCUCUGGAUUAAGAGAUAAUGUUUAUGUGAAUGAUGAACAUGUUUUUUCCUUUGUGAAAUCACGGAAACUUAAAAAAGACUUUAUAAAAUGACUAAUUGCUUGGUUAUUGAAAUGGAAACUGAAUUGAAAGUUUACCUAUUAAUCAAUAUAUUCAGUUAUAAUUCAUUGAAUUGCAGGAUGGCAUUCGCUGCCCUUUGCAUAUUGUUCUCCACCUCCACACAGGACUCUUAGAAUAAAAGCCUUAAAUAUCCUCAAAGAACCCGCAGCAAGCUCUUGCUACUGUUAUUAUUAAAGUGCCUAUGUAAUCAUAAAGAGGCUGCAUAAGAGUAUUUUUCAUGGGAUGUGUGUAAGGAGGUAAUAUUUACUCUCUAAGAAAACAGCAAAGCCAGGCUGAGGUUUUCCAGAGUGAAGGCAGAAAAGAAGCAAGAUUUCGUAAAUGAUGUUUUUCAGACGGGAGGGUCUUUAAAAAACAGGAGAAAACGUAAAGGCUGAUGUUGGAUGAAACUCUGCAACAUGACAAAAAAAAAA